AUGUGGUAUGCUUCUGACCUGGCUACUAGAGUAUCCCAUGCAAAGGAGUAUGGAUUAUAUCAGAAUCUUCCAUUAGAUAAAGAGCAUUUGUCAUUUAAUUGGCCAGAAAUCAAGCAGAAAAGGGACGCUUAUGUCCAUAGAUUGAACGGUAUAUACCAGAAAAAUUUGGAUAAAGAAAAAGUGGAUGUUGUAUUUGGGUGGGCCAGGUUUAAUAAGGACGGUAACGUUGAAGUGCAGAAAAGAGAUAAUACCACUGAAGUUUACUCAGCUAAUCAUAUUUUAAUCGCAACCGGCGGAAAGGCUAUUUUCCCUGAAAGCAUACCAGGUUUCGAACUAGGUACUGAUUCUGACGGGUUCUUCAGGUUAGAAGAGCAACCCAAGAAAGUUGUUGACGUUGGUGCUGGUUAUAUUGGUAUUGAGUUAGCAGGUGUUUUCCGUGGGCUAGGCUCCGAAACGCACUUGGUCAUUAGGGGUGAAACUGUCUUGAGAAAAUUUGAUGAAUGCAUCCAGAGCACCAUUACCGACCAUUACAUAAACGAGGGCAUCAAUGUUCAUUAA